AUGUCGUUCUUCACGUCAGACCGCGCCGUGGUCGUCUUUCUGCUGUUAGGACUGGGCACGGCCUAUUAUACAAUCCCUAGCCUCCUAGACCGAGUCAAGAAUGAAGCGCGAGCACCGGAGCCCGAGCCUCCAGCUGCGACGAAACGGCUGCAGAAGGAUUCGGAGAACUCGCUGAAGAUCGAGACAUUGCGGACUCUGGCCGACGGCUACAGCCAUGAGCUGCGCACGUCGGCGAUCAAGAUCGUGGCCAACCGCACGGCCAGGUCUCGAUCGAAGCGACUGCUGCUGCGGGACCUGGCGAGCAAGGACUACGGGCGCAGAGACAACGCCAUCAACGGCCUGUGGAUGCUUCUGUACCAUCCGGCACUCACGGAAACGAAAAUGUCCAACGAACUGCACGACGGCACCGCCGCGGCGGCCACGGUUCGUGCACUGAUCAACAUCUUGCCUCUACAUCACAUGGAGCAGCAUGACCAUGACCAUGACCAUGACCAGACUCCCGAAGAGAAGAGCCUGCCGGCGUCCCCGGUGCGACCGGCCCAUCGGCCGGCCCAUGAAGUCUCGCUCCUCAUCAUCCUCAACAAUACGCUUUCAUACGCGGGCCGCCGAAUCGCGUCCCAGCUGGCAGGCAACGAAAUCAUGGACGCCGCGUUGGACGCCGGCUUGGUCACGCGCUGGCUGGCGAAAUACCCUUUCCCCUGUGCACUGCCGGAGAAUGCGGGCUUCAAUUACAAGAAGGCCGAUGUCGCCCGCCUGUUCGACCGCAUGGCCUGGCUGACAGACGACCCUCUGAUGGCAGACAUUGUGCUGGAAGUCAUGCAAUACCCGCGCGGACGGAAGGAAAUGCGCGACGUCGGUCUGCAAGGGAGCAGGUACCGCGAGAAUAUGACCCGAGGAGGGGGAGGCUCCUACAAUUCCGGCUGGGACUUGCCAGCCUGGGUGACGGCGGCCGACUCGGACCGCGAUGUGCGCAUGAUCGGCGGCGAGGACACGGCCGGGAUGGGAGAGUACGACAUCGUGGACUACGGUGGUCGUGCAGGGCCCGCGCACCCGCCGCCGCGUUCCACGGAGCGCAGUCAGGAAGAGGAACACCUCCGGCGUCGGCACCGCGAGGCUAUCGUCGUCGCGGAGCGCGGCGCCCCUCUGCGCAGAGAGAACAUCCUCCAGCGUGAGAACAGCCAGCCGCUACAGCCCAUGAACGGCACCAGUGAGGUCGAGGGCGUCCUGAACGGCCUCUUGGGUCUCUCGGACCAUGCGCAGCCGCAGAGUUCGCCUGUCUCGCCGUCCAUACGCCACGUCCCCAGUCUCAUCUUGGAGCAAGAAGACAGAGACCGCCGCCCAGCUACCGAGCUCGAUCGGAUCUUGGACGUCCACGAGAUCGAGCACAUGAUCGAGGAGUCGUUGAGCCACACACGCCUCGGUCGGGAUCUUGGGACGCUGGAGUCAAAUGAGCACCUCACCCUUCAAGCGGUCGAGACUACUGCGUCUACGCAAGACUCCGGCAACGGCACCGACUCCGACUCCGACACCCCCUCGGAUCAAGACCAGGGCACUUGA